AUGUUUGAUGAUUACUCUGCUACUUUGCCCCUUCUUGUUGUGGUCAUCUUGGAGAAUAUCACUAUUUCCUGGAUAUAUGGGAUAGACAAAUUCAUGGAUGAUUUAAGGGAUAUGCUUGGAUUCACCCCCUUAAAAUACUAUUAUUAUAUGUGGAAAUACAUCUCUCCAAUUCUGUUAAGUAUUUUGUUUAUAGCAAGUGUUGUCCAAAUGGGAUUUACUCCACCUGGUUACUAUGCAUGGAUUGCUGAAAAGGCUACAGAAGAACGUCUGAGUUAUCCAACCUGGGGACUUGUUGUUUGUGUGUCACUUAUAGCAGUCGCUCUACUGCCAGUUCCACUGGUGUUUAUUGUUCGCUUCUUCAAUCUCAUUGAUGACAACACUGGAAGCUUGGCCUCCGUCUCCUAUAAAAGAGGACGCAUUAUCAAGGAAUUGUCCAAUCCAGAAGAAGACGAUGCCAGUUUAAUCCAUGAGAAGAUUCAAAGCGAGAUGCCGUCUCCAAAUAUUGGAAAUAGCAUCUACAGAAAGCAAAGUGGAUCGCCAACUUUAAAAGUGGACUGCACUGCUCCCAAUGGACGUUAUGGCAUUGGGUAUUUGAUGGCAGAUAUGCCAGACAUGCCUGAAUCAGACUUAUAA